AUGGCUACUUACCCUAGUGACGCAAUGACUACUUACCCUGGUGACACAAAGAUUACUUAUCCCAGUGACACAAUGGCUACUUACCCUAGUGACACAAUGGCUACUUACCCCAGUGACAGAAUGGCUAUUUACCCUAGUGACACAAUGGCUACUUACCCUAGUGACACAAUGGCUACUUACCCCAGUGACACAGUGGCUACUUACCCUAGUGACGCAAUGACUCCUUGCCCUAGUGACACAAUGACUACUUGCCCUAGUGACACAAUGACUACUUGCCCUAGUGACACAAUGACUACUUACCAUAGUGGCACAAUGUCUACUUAA